AUUCACGAGUAUAUUUAACCUUCUAUAGGUAGUAAACCUGUAACUUGGGGAUGGCUCUGAGACUCGAAGCCUUACUCGGAGAUAUACCUGGACAGUAAUCACAAGGUUCAAGAUGAAUAUUCAACUACGCAAAAUUUGUAUGAAGCCAAAGAGAUAAUCUAGCUUUACUUUAAAUAAAUUGAAUAUGAAAAUAGUAAAAGGUGAGACGAAAAAUAGUAACAAGGUGUCUGCAACACCAAUGCAUUAUCUGGACCACUUCCUCUUGAGAAUCUCUGCAUUGCAAGUGGCAAAACCUAAGCAACUUGUGAACGGGUCUCAACGAAGUGCAUAGGAGGAGAUGUAACACUUUUACACUUUUACACUUUUAAACUUUACACUUUACACUUUACACAUAAGCCUUUCCUAAAGCUCAAAUAGCCGCAAGAUGAUCCAAUAAUAUAUAAGAGCCACUAACUCUGUGCCAUGUGUAGGCACUCAGGAUUCGAUCUCCCUCUGCUUAUUCUCUCACAACAGAUAUAAGCUUUAUUAGCCCCUUCUUUCAGAUACAAUCUUUCACACCAUCAAACUUACUACACCUGAGUUAUUAUGAUGAAACAAGAGAGUAACAACAUUGGUAGUGGAGAGAACAACAGGGCACGAGCCUGUGACAUAUGCCGAUCAAACGCCUGCACCGUGUACUGCCAUGCUGACUCUGCCUACUUGUGCACGAGCUGUGAUGCUCAAGUUCACUCUGCCAAUCGCGUUGCUUCCCGCCAUAAACGUGUUCGGGUCUGCGAGUCAUGUGAGCGUGCUCCCGCUGCUUUUUUGUGUGUGGCAGAUGAUGCAUCUCUUUGCACAGCCUGUGAUUCAGAGGUUCAUUCUGCAAACCCACUCGCUAGACACCAUCACCGAGUUCCAAUUCUGCCAAUCUCCGGAAACUCUUACAGCUCCAUGUCCACUCAUCACCAAAGUGAGACAACAAUGACUGAUCAAGAUAAGUUACCAAUUGUGGAGCAAGAGAGAGGUGUAGAAGGUGGUGAGGAUGCCAAGAAGGUGCCGUCGUGGUUGUUCACUAACUCAGAUAAAGAUAAAGGCAAUCAUAAUGACAAUAACCAGAACCAUGGGUUUUUGUUUAGUGAUGCGUAUCUUGACCUUGCGGAUUACAACUCAAGUAUGGACUACCAAUUCACAAGUCAAUACAAUCAACAGCAACAAGACUGCGGCGUACCACAAACAAGCUACGGGGGAGAUAGAGUGGUUCCACUUCAACUUGAAGAAUCAAAGGGCCACCUGCACCAAAAGGGACAGAAUUUUCAGUUCGAUAUCACAAAUGGUUCCUCAGGAAGUCACUACAGCAACAAAGGUUCCCUAAACCAUAACGCAUACAUUUCAUCCAUGGAAACUGGUGUUGUGCCGGAGUCAACACCACGUGUCACAACAGCUUCACAUUCAAGAACGCCCAAAGCAACAGUAGACCAACUACCUGACCCUCCAAGUCAGAUGAUAGCCCCACUCAGUCCAAUGGACAGAGAAGCCAGGGUCCUGAGAUACAGAGAGAAGAGGAAGACAAGGAAAUUUGAGAAGACGAUAAGGUAUGCUUCGAGGAAGGCAUAUGCAGAGAGAAGACCACGGGUCAAUGGCCGGUUCGCAAAGAGGAGAGAAAUCGAAGACGAGGACCACGAGUUCAACAUAAUGCUAAUGUACGACAUAGGAUAUGGCGUUGUUCCUUCAUUCUGAUACUCUUAUGGCAAAAGUAAAGAGUACUAGAUUGCA